CCUCCUCUCUCUCUCUUUCUCGCAAAAAUGGCGAGACCUACUUUCUCUAUCACACACAUUGCCUUGUCAAUGUUGUUACUCUGCUUCUCGGUCUCCGGAGCUUCUCUAACCCCAGACUUGGAACCGUUGAUGCAGUUCAAAGCUGCAUCAGACGCAGCCAACAAGCUCACAACAUGGAACUCCGCCACCGACCCUUGCACCCAUUGGACCGGCGUCUCUUGCCUCAAAAACAGAGUGUCACAUCUAGUCCUUGAAAAUCUCGGUCUCAACGGUUCUCUCGAGCCCUUGUCCGCUCUCUCUCAACUUCGGGUCCUUAGCUUGAAACAGAACCGCUUCUCCGGUCCCAUACCCGACCUCUCUAACCUUACUGCUCUCAAGCUUCUCUUCUUGUCUCACAAUAACUUCUCCGGUGAGUUCCCUGCAUCGAUAACUUCGCUUUUCAGGUUGUACCGUCUCGAUCUCUCUUUCAACAACUUUACAGGCAAGAUUCCGGAGAAGGUCAACCGUCUGACUCAUUUACUCACUCUCCGUCUCGAGAACAACCGGUUUUCUGGCUCAAUUGAGGGGUUGAAUAUGUCUAAUUUACAAGAUUUCAACGUCACUGGAAAUCGGAUUACCGGUGAAAUACCAAAAUCGCUGGCCGGUAUCCCUAAAUCGUCUUUUGCAGAAAACGCGGGUCUAUGUGGAUCUCCAAUGCAGAGUUGUAAGGGCACUGUGAGUGACCCAAUCAGAGCCGGUUCCGACGGGGCUGUGGCUCCACCAGUAAUUUCGGGUAAUAACCCAAAAACGGUAGCGUCAUCACCAAGUGCCGCAAAUGGACGACACAAGGGAGCAGCUAGAAUAAGUCCGAUGGCUCUAAUCGCUAUCAUCCUCGGCGACGUUUUAGUCCUUGCGAUGAUCUCUCUCCUUCUCUACUGCUACUUCUGGCGCAAUUACGUGGCCAAAAUGCGUGACGGCAAGCGCUCAAAACUCGUGGAGAGCGAGAAAAUUGUCUACUCGUCGAGCCCGUACCCGAACCAGAUUGGUUAUGAGAGAGGUAGAAUGGUUUUCUUCGACGGGGUGAAGCGGUUUGAGCUGGAGGACUUGCUUCGUGCCUCGGCUGAAAUGCUCGGAAAGGGAGGGUUUGGGACUGCGUACAAGGCGAUGCUGGAUGAUGGGAAUGUUGUGGCAGUGAAGCGGCUUAAGGAUGAGAAUGUUGGUGGGAAGAGGGAGUUUGAGCAGCAUAUGGAGGUUUUAGGAAGGUUGAGACAUCCGAAUUUGGUUAGCUUGAAGGCUUACUACUUUGCCAGAGGAGAGAAAUUGUUGGUCUACGAUUACAUGCCCAAUGGCAGCUUGUUUUGGCUUCUUCACGGUAACCGUGGGCCUGGACGAACCCCACUGGACUGGACCGCAAGGCUCAAAAUAGCAGCAGGCGCGGCCCGUGGGCUAGCCUUUAUUCACAACUCGUGCAAGUCUCUUAGACUAGCGCACGGUAACGUGAAGUCUACAAACAUCCUGCUGGACAAAACCGGCAAUGCACGUGUCUCUGACUUCGGACACUCCGUGUUCGCAUCACCAACCGCUUCUGCCCCAAGAUCCAACGGCUACCAUGCCCCGGAGUCAUCCGACGGUCGAAAAGCCACUCAGAAAUCGGACGUGUACUCGUUCGGGGUUCUUCUCCUUGAGCUGCUCACAGGGAAGUGUCCGUCUGUUGUCGAUGCUGGUGGGGCCGUGGAUUUACCGAGGUGGGUCCAGGCUGUUGUGAGGGAAGAAUGGACGGCGGAGGUUUUCGAUUUGGAGCUGAUGAGGUACAAGGAUAUUGAGGAGGAGAUGGUCGGAUUGUUACAGAUUGCAUUGUCUUGUACUGUUGUUUCGCCUGAUCAACGGCCUAGAAUGAGCCAUGUCGUCAAGAUGAUUGAGGAAAUACGCGCCGUUGAGGUUUCGCCCCACGAAACGCCCGAGUCCGUCUCCAAAUCACCGUGCUUGUCGGAGGACACGUGCGGCGCUAGUCAGUGAUGGUGAGUUUAGACCCGGAAACCCUACGGGCUAUCCUUUGGUUUUGUGACCCGGUUAUUGGCUUGAAAACCUUGGAGUCAUGGGCUUGGCUUAAUUGAGACGAUUUGAGUCGAAGCCCAGCAUGGAGUUUUCGAUUUUGGCCUGUUAGAUUUAGGCCUGGUCCAUCGUCAAGGGUCUGUUAAGUCUUUUUCAAACCUCAUUCUAUCAUUAUUAUUAGAAAUAAA